AUGUCUUCGAAGGCUGUUUACGAAGAAUCUGCUAAGCUACUUAUAUACAACUCGAUAUGCUACUCUAAGUUAGCGAAAAAUCCACUUAGAGUAGUUAAAGUGGGUGAUGAUGUUAGUCUAGUCACAGAUGAAUGGAUAUUACUUAAUGAUCUUGUCAGUAAGCCCGAUGUCCUCAUAAAACGCAGGGGAAAAUUGGGACUAGUUUUUGCAGGCUUCCAUUGGGCGGAUUUACAGGGGAAAAUAAAAAGUUUGUUGGCGAGCAAAUUCACGAUCGGUUCUACCAGUGGAAUUCUCGAUCGCUUCCUUAUUGAACCAUUUGUACCACAUGAACAGCAAGAAGAGUACUAUCUGUGUAUGUACACUCAAAGGAAUUCAAAUGUUAUCCUUUUUCAUCAUGCCGGUGGAGUAGAUGUGGGUGAAGUAGAUUCUAAGGCUAAACGUUUUGAGGUUUCAGUUGAAGAUAUUAUGAAAUCUGGUUCUGGAAUGAAAGCUGGUUGUUCCGCCGAUCAAUUAUUACAGAGUUCACUGCUUUCAGGAGUAAAAUGUCCGAAGCGUGCAAGGAUGCUAGCUGAUUUCAUCGUUGAAUUGCAUUCAGUUUUUGACAAAUUAUACUUCACCUAUUUAGAAAUCAAUCCAUUAGUUAUUUGUAAAUGGAAUAUGAAUACGAACAAACCUAAUGAUUGUAAUGGUAGCAGUUAUCAUAUCAUUAACGAUAAUGAACUACAGGAUGGAGAUAAUGAUAUCAACGAACAGUUAUAUAUUCAUAUAUUGGAUGUUGCUGCCAAAUUGGAUCAGUGUGCAGAACAUUUGUUCACUUCAAGUUUGGAAUGGUCAGUGAAUGGAGAAAUGUUGAAAUUUCCUUUUGGUUUUGGUAAAACUGAAACUAAAGAGGAAGCGUACAUCGCAAAGUUGGAUGCUCGAACAGGUGCUUCAUUAAAGCUUACUAUACUUAAUCCAAAUGGUCGUAUAUGGACAAUGAGUGCAGGUGGUGGAGCUUCAGUAAUUUAUGCUGAUACAGUUUGUGAAUUAGCUGAAAAAGUCAAAGCAGCCGGCGGUACAAGUCAAGGUGUAAAAGAUUUAGCGAAUUAUGGUGAAUAUUCUGGAGCACCAUCAGAAGAAUUAACUUAUGAAUAUUCAAAAACAAUUCUAACUUUGAUGACUACUGGAGAACUACAUCCAGAUGGUAAAGUUCUACUAAUCGGUGGAGGAAUUGCAAAUUUCACCAAUAUUGCUGCUACAUUUAAAGGUAUUGUGCGUGCUUUGACAGAAUUCAAAGAACAAUUAAAGAGACAUAAUAUACGUAUAUUUGUCCGUCGUGCUGGUCCCAACUACCAGGAAGGUCUUCGUGUAAUGCGUGAAUUGGGUCGUACUAUAGAUAUUCCAAUUUAUGUAUUUGGACCUGAAACUCAUAUGACUGCUAUCGUAUCAAUGGCAUUUGGUUUACGUCAAAUACCUCCACCUACAGUAGAUCAUAUUCAGUCAUCUGCAGAUACUCUAUCAUUGUACAGUUACAGUGGUUCUGGCUGUGAACAUAAAAAUUCAGAAAAAUCAACACCAGUGGUAACCAAUCAAACUCGCAAGGUUUCUGAAUUCUCUUCUACUAUCAAUACUGCUACUACUACAACUACUAAUGGUAAUAAUCAUGAAACUAUUUAUGAAGAACCACUUUUUACAGUGAAAACAAAGUGUUUAAUAUGGGGUUUACAAGUGAAAGCUGUUCAGUCUAUGUUAGAUUUCGAUUAUGCUUCCGGUCGUGAAAGUCCAAGUGUAGCAGCUCUGAUUUAUCCUUUCAACGACGAUCAUCAAUUAAAAUUUUAUUGGGGUGCAAAAGAAUUAUUUCUACCAGUUUAUAAGUAUAUGUUGAAUGCAAUGGACAAGCAUCCAGAUGCACGUGUAUUAGUAAAUUUCGCUUCAUUACGAGUUGCUUAUGAUAUAUGCAUGGAAGCUAUGGAAGUGGAUUGUAUAGUUUCAUCUAAUUAUAAAGAGAAUGGAAUAUCGAAUGAACACAAUGAUGCAUCUAUUCAUAACAAUAUUAAUAAUAAUGGUUUAUCAGUAAACGAGGCACAGAUCAAGUGUAUUGCUAUUAUAGCUGAAGGUAUACCAGAAAAUAUGACACGUCGUUUAAUACAACGAUCCAAAGAAAGAAAUAUUCUAUUGAUUGGUCCAGCAACUGUAGGUGGCUUAAAAUCUGGCUGCUUCAAAAUCGGUAAUACAGGCGGAAUGACAGACAAUAUACUGGCAUCAAAACUUUAUCGACCUGGAAGUGUUGCUUAUGUAUCACGUUCUGGUGGAAUGUCCAAUGAAUUGAAUAAUAUUAUUUCAAUGAAUUCUGAUGGUGUUUAUGAAGGUGUCGCGAUUGGUGGUGAUCGUUUUCCUGGUUCAACAUUUAUUGAUCAUAUUCUACGUUAUGAAAAUAAUCCAGAAGUCGGUAUGAUUGUUGUCUUGGGUGAAGUUGGUGGUAUAGAAGAGUAUGCAAUAAUUGAAGCAGUUAAAUUGGGCAAAAUAAAAAAACCAAUUGUAGCCUGGUGUAUAGGAUCAUGCGGUGAAUUAUUAAGCGCUGCGGCUAAUUCGAAUGAUAAUACAGACAGCAGUAAUAUUGCUAGUGGUUCAAUUCAAUUCGGUCAUGCCGGUGCAUGUGCUAAUUCUUUACAAGAAACAGCUACAGUGAAAAAUUAUGCAUUGGCCAGUGUUGGUAUACAUGUUCCAGAAUCAUUUGAUGAAUUAGAUCUCUUAAUUAGACGUGUUUUUGAUGAACUUGUAAGAAGUGGUCAGUUAAUCCCGAAAACUGAUUAUCCACCUCGUACUGUUCCAAUGGAUUAUGAGUGGGCCAAGGAAUUAGGUCUAAUUCGUCGACCAGUUUCGUUUACAUCAACAAUAUGUGAUGAUAGAGGCGAAGAGUUAUUGUAUGCUGGAAUGCCAAUUAGUCAUGUGAUUGAACAAGAUUUAGGCAUAGGUGGUGUUCUUGGCUUAUUAUGGUUCAAAAGAAGAUUACCUGAAUAUGCAACGAAAUUUUUAGAAUUAUGUCUUAUUAUAACAGCGGAUCAUGGUCCAGCUGUAUCCGGUGCACAUAAUACAAUAGUGGCAACACGUGCUGGUAAAGAUCUCAUCUCUAGUCUUGUAUCUGGACUUUUAACAAUUGGUGAUAGAUUUGGUGGUGCAUUGGAUGCUGCAGCGCGUCAGUUUUCACAAGCUUAUGAUGCCGGCUUAACACCUAUUCAGUUUGUUAAUCAAGAACGUCAAGCAUCACGUCUUAUCAUGGGUAUUGGACAUCGGAUUAAAUCUAUAACUAAUCCAGAUAAACGUGUUCAGUUACUGUCCAAUUAUGUACAUGAACAUUUUGUAGCAACUCCAGUUGUUGACUAUGCACUGGAAGUUGAGAAAGUUACCACUAAUAAGCGUCCAAAUUUAAUAUUAAAUGUUGAUGGUAUGAUUGGUGUAGCAAUGGUAGAUUUGUUAAGAAGCUCCGGUCAUUUCACACGAGAAGAAGCUGAAGAGUAUAUUACCAUUGGAACGUUGAACGGCUUGUUUGUUUUGGGUCGAUCAAUCGGGUUUAUUGGUCAUUACCUGGAUCAGAAACGUUUACAUCAAGGAUUGUAUCGUCAUCCAUGGGAAGAUAUUUCAUACAUGUUGCCAAAACAUCCAUAAUUUGUGAAGACUUAUGUCUAAAAAGGGUC